AUGACUUCCAGCCGUUUGUACACCAGAAACACUCAGAAUCCACCUCAACUGAUUAAGCCAGAAAGAGAAAUGAAGCUACAGCAGAAACCUGCGCUACUGUGUGGUACGCUGAUAGCUAUAACAUGCAUGGCUCUCAUCGCUCUAAUUCUUGCCCUCGUUAACCAUCAGUCAAUGGAUGUGCCGUUCUCAACACAGUAUGGGAUAGUAUUUGAUGCUGGGUCCUCGCACACAGCACUCUUCAUUUAUCAGUGGCCAGGGAACAAGGAAAACAACACAGGAAUUGUUUCUCAAACCCUGUCCUGUGAUGUGAAAGGUGACGGUAUAUCCAGUUAUGCCAAAAACCCUCCUGGUGCUGGAGAGAGCCUGAGAGAAUGUUUAGAUGUUGCAAAGUCAGCUGUCCCAGCGAGACAACACAGCAUUACACCUGUGUACCUGGGUGCCACAGCAGGCAUGAGGCUUCUCAAUUUACAAAACAAGACUCAGUCUGAUCAAAUCCUUGAAGAAGUAACUAAGACUCUGCAGAGUUAUCCCUUUGAUUUUCGUGGGGCGAGAAUUCUCACUGGUAAGGAAGAGGGGGCCUAUGGCUGGAUCACCAUUAACUAUCUUUUGGAGGGCUUUGUUAAGUAUUCAUUCUAUGGUAAAUGGAUUCACCCAAAAGCUGGGAAAAUUCUGGGAGCCCUGGACUUGGGUGGUGCAUCCACACAGAUUUCCUUUCUACCAAAGGAUCCAGUGAAAGACCAACAAUCUGCUUUUGACCUUCAGCUAUAUGGCUACAAGUACGAAUUGUACACACACAGUUACCUGUGCUAUGGUAAAGACCAGGCUUUGAAGAAGGUGCAGGCAUAUCUGCAGAAGUCUGCCGGCUCUAAAACUAUCAUCAGCCAUCCAUGCUACCAUGUAGGAUACAACUUAACAUUAAAACUAGGAGACAUUUAUGACUCUCCUUGUGUGGUCAAGCCAACACCUUUUGACUCCUCACUGAAUGUCACCUUCUCGGGAACUGGUAACUCUAAGCUCUGUCUGUCCCUGAUGGAGGAAAUUUUAAAUGUUACAAACUGUAACUUUUACCCAGACUGUGGUUUUGAUGGGAUCUACCAACCUCCUGUCAAUGGAGAAUUCUUUGCUUUUUCUGCAUACUUCUAUACCUUUGACUUCCUUGGUCUUGCUCCAAAGACUCCAUUGCCUACCGCCAUUUCUACCAUUGAUUCUUUCUGCAACAAAACCUGGAACACUCUUGUGUCAGAAUAUCCAAAAGUAAAGGAAAAGUUUCUUCGGGAAUACUGUGCUUCAGCUCAAUACAUCAUGACUAUUCUCCUCAAAGGAUAUAAAUUUACUUCUUCAUGGGAUACUAUCACGUUUCAAAAACAGGUGGCAGACACGGACAUAGGCUGGACCCUGGGCUAUAUGCUCAAUUUGACCAAUCUGAUUCCCUCUGAGAGCACUUCUGUGAUAACAGGGAUCCUACAAAGUCAAUGGGCAGCAGAAAUUUUCUUCAUUGUCUUUGUACUCGUUCUUAGUCUCAUCAUUCUUAUCAUCAUUUGUACAUGGAGUCCAAAAUAAUGGUGAUUUACAUUGUGAUUUUGUGCAGUACAUCACUGCUGGGAUCAGUUUCAUUUUUGUUAUCUUAGUUUUGAAAGAUUGAAAUAUAAACUGAAAUCCACAUUAGAAUUCAGAAGAAUACCUGUCAAGAAUAGUGCAAUAUUUAUCAAAUAUAUGCAACAUGUUAGGUAACUGAUUGCUGGAUUUCUUUGAGGUUAAUGUGUACCCUGAAUUCAGACCAAUCCUGUGUUUCAUAUAUGCAUAAACAUAGUUUAUUGUGGAUCUAAACAGAUCUGUUGUUCAAAAAAUAAUUACAAUGUAUCAUAUGGGUCAAAUAUUAUUUUACAUAUUUCAUGACAGGUGUACUCUAGCAUAAAUUAAUUCAAAAACAUAAUAGCAAAGCAAUUAAAUCCAGUUCAUAGUUGUUCAGACUAUUACAAUUAAGUUGUUUAAAACAUACUGUAUACACUGUGGUUUUAUCUCAGGCAGUUAUAUAUAAAAUGUUCAUUAAUAUGUUUUGUACAAAUAAAUGACAACAAGUGCUUGGACAAAGAUA